GGGGGGCUGGGAGCGCAGAGCGGUUUGGUCGUUUGGUGGGGGGUUGUCGUCUUUCUGCUUAGCGACUGCGGCUCUCGUUUGGGCAGCAGGAGCGGCGCGGCAGUCCGAGAAGCGGCCCAAGACUUCGGCGUUUGGUGAAAAAUGGCCCGGACCAAGCAGACUGCCCGCAAGUCUACCGGGGGGAAAGCCCCCCGCAAACAGCUGGCCACCAAGGCAGCCAGGAAGAGCGCUCCCUCUACCGGCGGGGUGAAGAAACCUCACCGUUACAGGCCCGGAACCGUGGCGCUCCGGGAGAUCCGCCGUUACCAGAAAUCGACCGAGCUUCUGAUCCGGAAGCUGCCUUUCCAGCGGUUGGUGAGGGAGAUCGCCCAGGAUUUCAAAACGGACUUGAGGUUUCAGAGCGCAGCCAUCGGCGCCCUGCAGGAGGCUAGUGAAGCGUACCUGGUGGGGUUAUUCGAAGACACUAAUCUGUGUGCCAUCCACGCCAAGAGAGUCACCAUCAUGCCCAAAGACAUCCAGUUGGCUCGCCGGAUACGGGGGGAGAGAGCUUAAGUGAAGGGCAGUUUUUAUGGUGUUUUGUAGUAAAUUCUGUAAAAUACUUUGGUUUAAUUUGUGACUUUUUUUGUAAGAAAUUGUUUAUAAUAUGUUGCAUUUGUACUUAAGUCAUUCCAUCUUUCACUCAGGAUGAAUGCGAAAAGUGACUGUUGACAGACCUCAGUGAUGUGGGCACUGUUGCUCAGGAGUGACAAGUUGCUGAUCUGCAGAAGGGAUGGGUGAUAUUUCCUGCUUCUCAUGAUGCAUGUUGCUGUAUGUUACUGACUUGUUGGGUAGCUAUUAAGGUACUAGAAUUGAUAAAUGUGUACAGGGUCCUUUUGCAAUAAAACUGGUUAUGACUUGAUCCAGGUGUUUAACAAUUGGGGCUGUUAAGUCUGACCAUACAUCACUGUGAUAGAAUGUGGGCUUUUUCAAGGGUGAAGAUACAAGUCUUAACCACAGUGUAACUUACAGUUUCCUAAGAAAAAAGAAAAAAAGUAAACUUGGCAGCUAUAGAAUACACUAUGUGCAUUUAUAAUAGCUAUUUUAUAUAUUGUAGUGUCAACAUUUUUAAAUUAAAUGUUUUACAUUCACAUGUGGUGGGAAGUCUUGUCAUUGAGAUGUGUGUAAUUUAGAGUCGAGUUGGUUUGCCUUUAACUAGACUACACUUGUUUUCACAGUAAGAUGCUGUGCUGCGUUGUACCUUGCAUAAGUCCUCAUUCUACCACAUGUUAACUAAUCCUCUAGUUGAUAAUGCAGACACUGAUGGGGGAUUUUAUUUAUAAGGGCUCUAGAGUAUAUAAUACCAGUUACUCACACCAGCAUCACCUGUUACUAAUUUCCAGAACUAGUUAGUGCAGCUUUUCGUUGUGUUGUGGUCUCAUAACUAGGUUGAGUUUUUCUCCACUGAGAGGAGUCAAUUCUGAAAUGUUUUUCCUUGUGGAGUUUGUGUUUUAACUUAGUGUAAACUUGCUGUGGGGGAGGGGGAUGUAGGUCCAGCUUAUUGAGUCCUCUGCCAAUUAAGGUGGUGUUGGCUUUAGGUUACAUCUGGUAUACUGUCCUGGGAAAAAAUCACUUUUAAUAGAGGUGGCCUUCCAAGUGGUUUUAAAAUUUAUCCUUCUAUUGAAGUUUUUAGGUCAAUUAUGUAUGUUGACUAGAUUUAUCAAUAAACUUGUUAUGUAACUGUCAAAAAUCUAAAUUGAAUGUACAGAGCCUUAAUACAUCUAUUGUCUAGGCUUUUUGUGUCCUAGAGUUUGAGCUUUUGUAUUUUAGAUUUUGGUUGGUAGUUAAGGAACUUUAUAAAAGUAGUUGUAGAAAGCAUGUAAACUAAUCCCAUGAGAUAGUUCUCUUAUCUAUAAAAACGCCACAAUUGCCAUAUUUGCAAUGUGAACUUAGGACUAAAAGUUUAUCGGUAGGCUCCUCCACCCCCCAUACUGUCAACCAGUAAAAUACUUUGGUCAUAUUCAUGGUACAGCACAGACCGAGAGACAAGUAUUUUAAAAUUUUAGAAUUCAACUUCGGGAUCUUGUUCCAUGAACCUUUUUUGGGUUGGGUUUGUAGAAAUGUAUAUAGCAAGUUUAUUUUAACAAGUUCACGGGCAUGGAAUUGUUUGUUGGGCUAAGCCACCAUCUCAGUACAAAACUGGUUUUUUUGACCAGUGAUCGUCUCCAUUGGAGCAUAGUCAUGAAUGUCAAGAAAUGGGCGCAAGAGCAACCAGUCAUCAGAAAACCAGAUUGUAUGUCCAAAGCUGCUAGUUGUAGAAAUUUUUGCUGUAUUAAAACAGCUUUUUGAAGAAAAAAUUUUGGAUUAGUUUGAAGUUGAAGGAGCUUGUUGAGAGGGAAGCAUACUAGAGUUUUGAAGUCAAGAGGCUUUGGUGUCUUCCUAACUUAAGUCUUACAAGUUUUCAAAGGUGGGGUUCAUUACAAUAUAAAGAAAUGGUUUUCUGGAACAUCUUAACCAGGCUCUAGAACAAAUGUCAAAUCUGACAGUUUUGUUACAUGGUACUUAGAGAUGAGAUAAUCUAGAUGCUGGAGUUGUCCAGUGGUCUCCAAGUACACAAAUGGACACAAACAGAGAGAUGAUGAUGGGUUAGCUGCUUAUGACUACAUGUGAUAAUCCAAAUGGGUGGCACUGUUGAGCUUUCUCCCUCGGUCUGCAGCUUCUUGGGUUUUGUUAGAAUCUGCUGAAGUGCAACUCACAUCACACUGCUUAGACACAUUUAACCAAAGGCUUUGUGGUUCUUGGAAGCUGUGCCCACACAGGCUAUCACUGAGAAAGGGUGAUGGAACAGUCUGUAAGGAAAAAAAAUUUGGAGCCGAUGAAGGUACCCUGUGCCCUUGACGGAUGAGACAAAAAUAAAGUUGUUGAAGUUAGA